UCUAUCUCUAACAUCGGCAAGCCGGCCUCGAUGUCAUCGAUCGUCGGCGCCGGCGCCGGCACGGCCUCGUCGGACGAUUGCACCGCAGAAAGGCUGUUAGACCUUCGCCCUCGUCCCCAUCUCAGCCAUCCAGCCAUGCAGAUGCAGGAUCCGCCGCCGCCAGGGGAAACCCAAGACCAUGUCUGCAAACAAAACGGGUCACUCUGCCAACAAGAUGAUGGUUCUGAAGAUGGCCAAGUUAUACCAGACCUUCCAGAGGAUAUCCGUCGACAUAUUCAUGCCCUAUUACCACUGCGGGAUGCUGCCCGUGCAGCUUGUGCAUCACACUCAUUUCUGAGAUCAUGGAGAUGCCAUCCCAACCUUAUCUUAAGUCACAAAGCACUAGGUUUGGAUGGAGAUCUCAUCAGCAAAGUUGACAAUAUUCUUAAAAAUCACUCCGGCAUUGGCAUGAAGAAAUUACGGCUUGAACUUUAUGGUAACAAGGUCGAUUCCUUUUAUGUUGAUAGGUGGAUUCAUAUUGCUGUUACAGCACGAGUUGAAGAACUCGCCAUUAUUAUGCCGCAUAUUCCUGGGGAAGAAGAAUACAAUUUCCCAUGCUCACUUUUAUUUAAUGGGGGUGAAAACUCAAUUCGGUAUCUUUACAUUGCCAUGUGUGCCUUUCGUCCCACGGCUGGGCUUGGUUGCUGGAAAAAAUUGACAAGGUUAUUACUAAGUAAUGUAUGGAUUGCUGAUGAUGAGCUAGAGGGCCUUCUUUCCAAUUGUACUGCAAUUCAACAUUUGGAACUCAAGAAUUGCAGUGAGAUAGUUUGCCUGAAGAUACCUUUGCUGGAGUGCCUUACGUUCCUGAGAGUGUCUCUAUGCAUAAAUCUGCAAUUUAUACAGAGUGAUGCUCCAAACCUCUCCACCUUUUGUCUGUUUGGUGGCUUAGUAUCGAUUCUAUUUGGAAGUGAUGUAAAGAAUAUAGAAGUGUCGUGCUUAAAAUUCGGCCCGCCCAACAUUGUCCGGUUUGCUCGGACCGAGCUUCUGUCUGGUGCGCCAGAUGUUGAAAGACUUGUCAUAACCUCGCCUAAUGAGAUGGAAAGUACACCAAUGCUAUCUAGCAAAUUCCUCCACCUCAAGUACUUGCAUAUUUCUCUAAUUGCAAAUGAAGCUAUUUCACCAGCUUAUGAUUACCUUUCUCUGGUUUCUUUUAUUGAAGCUUCUCCUUGCCUGGAGACUUUCAUCUUUGAGGUACAGCAGCCUGACAUGAAGCAUGAUUCUGUUAUCGGGGAUUCCUCGCCUCUGAGACGGCUACCACAAUACAGGCACAACAACCUAAAGAGUGUGACGAUCAUCGGCUUCUGCUCGGCGAAGAGCUUGGUCGAGUUGGCAUGCCACAUUAUUGAGAAAGCGACAUCACUCGAGCGCCUCACUUUGGACACCUCCCAUGGCUGUCGGAGUCCUGGCAGGCGUAGCGUCGAUAAACCUGACAGAUGGUACUAUACAGUGAGUGGUAGCCUCACGGCGGCCCCACCUGACAGGUGCCUCCCUAUGUGGGGUCGUGGCAUUGAGGAGUCUCACAGGGCGCGUUUCGCAAUCAGAAAACACAUUGAGUGGAAAGUUCCCUUCGGAGUCGUGUUUGAAAUCAUCGAGCCCUGCAGCCGGUGCUUGAUGCCGAACUUUUAGAUGCCCAAGUAGCAUCAUGCCCAACGGUGCUGUUUAUGAUGCUUUAUUUCCAAACUAUCACUAUCAGGUCUGCAAACGAUGGUCGUGUGAGAUUUCUUAGGCCGUACUCUGUUUCGUAAACUAUCAGAGGUGCCUCAUGUUUAAUUAUGUAAAACUGUUGUACUAGUAGUGAUUCCUGCAGACAUAUGAAGUCAGGGAAAUGACUUUGCUGCGUUUUUCAUUGCUGUUUUCAGAGAUAUCAGAGGCCAGCGUGCUCUACUCAUGGAUGUUUUCCAGAUUGUUAUGUGUACUUUUGUACUCUAAGAAUGCGGCG